GACAGUCGGCUGCUUCUGUCUGGGUUUACACUGCAGCUACAUCUCGUGGUUUCCGGUAAAGAUCGACUCUCUGGUCCUCGUGUCGUUCAGUUUAAAGUCUGUAACCGUGAAAUGAUGAACAGCGACUCCGUGAAACUGUCAAAAAACCUGCUGCGCAUGAAGUUCAUGCAGCGAGGUCUGGACGCUGAGACAAAGAAGCAGCUGGAAGAAGAUGAGAAGAGAAUCAUCAGCGAUGAACAUUGGUACCUGGACCUGCCAGAGUUAAAGACUAAAGAAAACCUGAUCAUCGAGGAGAAGAGCUUUGUUCCCUGCGAGGAGCUGAAGUACGGUCGCAUCUCCUUCAAAGGUUUUAAUCCAGAAGUUGAGAAACUGAUGCUCCUGAUGAAUCCAAAAGAUGAGACAGAGAAAGAAGAAGAAGAAGAUCUGAGGCGGAUGCAAACAGACGUGACAGAUGAAGAGAUGGCUCUGAGGUACGAGAAUUUAGUCGGCAGCAUGAAGAAGAAGUUUGCUAAGAAGCGAGAGCGAGCGGCAACAGAGAAAGAAGACGUGAACCAGAACGUUGUUGAAACGAACACGAAGAGAGCGUUUCUAAAGCCUCAGGACUGAAGUGUGUGUGUGUGUGUGUGUGUGCGCGUGUGCGUGUUUUGGACUUUAACCCAUUUUUAUAUAAAAUUAUUUUCUUUUUUUCAUCUGUCUGUAUAAACGUGCAGCGUUUGAGAUGCAGGUACAAAAUGUUAGAGCUGGUUGGAUGUUAUACAUCCUGUUUUUAUAAAAGAGAGCGAGAGGAAUCUUUGAGGCUAUCGUGGUUAUAAAAUGUGUGUGUGCAGAACGCUGACACGUCAUUAAAGACAAAGAUCAGUGA